GAGAUGUGCCUUGCCACGCUGCGCGCCUCCCGCGGGACGCUCAUCGCCGUCUCGAUGCUCGAGGAGGUCGACGCUGCGGAGGCGUCGGAGUUCUAUCUAGAGUGCCAUGCGGUGGACCCCUGGGCCCGCUGGUCCCAGGAGCUCGGGCCCGAGCCUGCAGGAGAGGCGGCGGCUCGCAGGUCAUCGGAGGUCGAGCUGGACGGGUUCGGCAUGUCGCUCGACGGCGGAGUGGUUCAGGACACGGCUGCCCUGACCUCAGGCAGGGCCGACAAGAGGCACGCGCCCGAGGUGUCAGCAGAAGCGGCGGCGAGUGCCGCGGGCGGCAGCGCUGGGGCGCUGGCCAAGAUGAGUGAGUAUAUCACCAAGCAGGAUGGUGAGAAGGCGGGGGAGGAUUCUCCGUCUAUCUUCAUGAAGUACUUUCUGAAUGUCCCCGUCCCUCAGACUUCCAUCAAGUCGAUCGGGAUGGAGGUCUACCGCGAGAUGAGGACAGGCUGCGAGGCCGCAGACGCCAUCCCUUCGGGCAAGACGGCCUACGCCAUUGACGGGCUGGGUCCACGGUUCAAGGCACUUCAGCUUUCCGCUAUCGACAAGUGUUGGUCGGGUAUUCGCUGGCUGGGGCUCAUCCCGCCCAUGAACGAGCAGCCUGCGUUCAGAACAGAGGAUGAGGAGAUCGCGCGCACCGUCGAGCUGGGCGAUUUGCGCCUAGAGGAGCUGCUGUCCGAGCUCAAGCAGGGCUGGGAGACAGGCCGGGAGAGGGAGCCGCCUAG